AUGUUCGGUCUAUACCUGAAGCUGAAAUUAAUCAGGCGUCAAGGCAAAAUACAACCUAUACCAUCCAGAUCCCUCGACGUCCGUCGUUCCACAACAGAUCGUUUGUCAAGGCAGUUGGCCGCGCACCCACUUGUGGAACCAGCUGCCCACGAAGUAUUUCCGGCCAAUUCGACUUUUAGGGUCCUUCAAGAAAAGAGCGUCCAAUUCCCUGAAAGGCCGGCAACGUACUUACAGAGCCUUCUGGCAUUGUCAAUGGGUCCUAAUGCGUCGGUUUAA